AUGGAUAUAACUGAAAUUCGGCUACAUGAUUUGGCACCGAGCAUCAGCUCCGAGUACAUUAAAAAGCUGACGUCGCAAUAUGGAGAAGUGAAAUCCAUUACGAUUGACACCUGGAUAAAUUCUUUCCCUGGCAUUCUCAACGGGGCAACAGUUUUCGUAUCCUACGAUCUACUGGUGACUGGUACCUGCAAAAUGGGCAAAAAAAUGAAGCCGAAGCUACACGUCAGGGACAACAUAGUGGACUUCUUGCUUCGAUCGGAGAAAUUUCUUCAAUCCACCGAAUUUCCCGACGAGAAUCAAAUAAGAUUCCGGCUAGAAAAACUUGAGGCAAAAUGGGGCGAGUUCGAAGAGAUCCAGAGCGAAAUUGAAGCUUCGGAAGACCACGAAGAGAACUUUGAACAGCAUCGACAAGUGCGCGCGGACUUUGAGGAGAAGUAUUUUGAAGUACGGGCAGGGUUGGUUGGCAAAUUGCCUCGCGAAGCGCCACAAAAUUCACAACCGAACGUUUCAAUCGCUGCCCCGGUUACCAGUUCGGGCAGUGUACAUACUUACGUGCGCUUACCGCAAAUAAAUCUCCCGGAAUUCGAUGGAAACUUUGAAAAUUGGUUAGCAUUUCAUGACACGUUCAGAGCCCUGAUUGAUGCCUCUCCCGAACUUAGCAAUAUUCAAAAGUUCCACUAUUUACGGGCUUCUCUGAAGGGUGAUGCUCUUAAGCUAGUUGACUCGUAUCCGAUGAGCGACGCAAAUUAUAGGGUUGCUUGGGACGGUUUGGUAUCGCGGUUCUCCAAUAGUUACAUACUUAAAAAACGGCAUCUGAACGCUCUGUUUGAAUACCCAAGAAUCAGUAAAGAGUCUGCAGUCAGGAUUCAUGACCUCAUCGACAACUUUGAGCGGAACACGAAAAUCCUAGAUCAGUUGGGGGAGAAAACUAGUGGUUGGGGUGCGAUGUUAACACACCUAAUGGUCUCUAAACUAGAUGACGCCACACAGAAACAUUGGGAGGAAUAUGCAUCAGGUGAGCAGGAACCGGCUUUCCCUGUGCUGGUCGACUUUCUAAAGAAGCAAACGCGAAUAUUGGAUGCACUAUCGGUAGAUCAACAAUCUUCUAACUCAAGUAAACCUAUUCAAUCAACCACAUUCAAGUUCCGACCAGCGAAAGUUUCGGUCAAUUCGGCGACUGAAUACACCGGUCAAAACUGCAUGAUAUGUAACGAACAGCACUCGCUUACAUGGUGUCCAAAUUUUGCUGACCUUCCGGUGGACGAACGGCUACAGUUUACUAACUCCAAGCGACUUUGCAGGUUUCCUGGUUCUGGAGCUACUCCGUCAACGGAUCAGGCGAUACCCAUUGCCGCUCCUUCCACUUCCAGUGACGCAUCUAAUGUUUCAGGAUUGUCUUCAAACCCGGUCUCGUCUGUUUCUAGCAAUGUUGCGUUCAGGGCCGCAAGUAGUCACGUUUUCUUGCUUACCGUCGUGCUGAAAAUUAAGGAUAAAUGGGGUAGAGCGCAUAAUGCAAGAGGUUUAUUAGAUUCAGGCUCGCAGGCGAAUCUUAUGUCGGAGAACCUUUGUCAAUUGCUAAAACUACCACGAAGCAAUAAGAGGGUGGAGAUUAGCGGGAUUGGACGAUCACGGAGGCAAACCGCUCACGAAGUUUCGACGAUUAUCAGUUCUUGCACUCGGGAUUAUUCGAUGCCAAUGGAUUUUUUAGUUUUGGGACAGGUUACCGAAGAUCAACCGUCUGUGUCGCUUCCUUUGGCAAAUUGGAAACCACCACACGAUAUGGAAUUAGCAGACCCCAACUUCUUUGUUUCGGGCCCGAUAGAUUUGGUUUUAGGCUCACAGUUUUUCUACGAUUUUCACCUUCUCGAUGGUGGCCGGCUACAGAUGCGCAAAUUGAACAACACGCUUCCAGUGUUUGUUAACACAGUUUUUGGUUGGGAGGAGGAAGAUUGCGAGGCUCACUUCCAGAGCACGGUUAGUAGGGAUGUCGAAGGGCGCUACGUUGUGCAGUAUCCAAAACGCAUCGGCUUCCACGAUAUGAUGGGCGAAUCAAAAAAUACGGCUAUAAAACGUUUUCAUCUACUGGAAAGACGUCUAGAUCGAGAUCCAAACCUACGGAAAAAUUAUAAUGAGUUCCUGCAGCAGUAUGUUGAUCUGGGGCACAUGCAGCUUGUUGGCCCAGUAGACAACUUAGACGUUGAAAAACGCACGGUUUGCUACCUACCUCAUCACCCGGUCUUUAAGGAAACAAGCUCUACAACUAAACUACGUGUGGUCUUUGAUGAAUCGGCAAAAACUUCCACAAAUUACUCGCUCAAUGACGCUUUAAUGACCGGCCCGGUUAUACAGGAUGACCUUCUGGACCUCAUGCUUCGGUUUCGUAAACACGCCGUUGCACUAGUGGCAGACGUCGAGAAAAUGUAUCGACAGAUACGAAUACACCCGGAUGACGCAGCACUCCAACGGAUUGUCUGGCGCUUCGACUCUUCCGAACCGAUUCAAGUAUAUGAACUACUUACUGUAACCUACGGUCUCUCCCCGUCAUCAUUCCUAGCGACUCGUGUGCUUAAGCAACUGGCAACAGACGGCGCAAGUAUUAACGAAGGCGCCGCUCUCGCAAUUGCGGAAGAUUUUUAUAUGGACGAUUUUCUUUCUGGGGCAAGAACUGUCGACGAAGCCAGACAGCUACGGCAGAAGGUGCAGGAAAUACUUACGCGGGGUGGCCUUCAUUUGCGUAAAUGGAACUCGAACCGACCAGAAUCAUUGGAAGAUUUACCCCUCGAAGCAAUUGAUGGAGCAUCAAAGUUGCACUUCGAAAAGGAACAAAAAAUCAAAACAUUGGGAGUAAUUUGGGAAACCGUUUCAGACAAACUAUGCUUUGAAGUUAACAUCAAGAGCAGCGAGCAAUGGACGAAGAGAAUGAUUUUUUCUGCAAUCGCACAGUUGUACGAUCCACUUGGACUUGUAUCACCAGUUGUGGCGUGGGCGAAAAUCCACAUGCAGGAGCUGUGGUCGGCCUGCGUUGAUUGGGAUGAUCCCGUUCCUGAAGAUGUUUACGCGCGAUGGGAGGUAUUCUAUGCGCAGUUGCCAGCACUCAGCACCUUUAAGAACUUUGUGCUGCACUCCUCGGGGCCAAGCUUUAUACUCGUGUAUCAACAGCGUUGCGGAUGGAAGGAGUUUCGUGCUGGUUCUGGUCAGAUUCAACAGUCACACUACAUUGGAUAA